CUCAGACCGGAGCCUGAAAAGAUGACUUGGUUUACUAGAGCACAUUUUGCUGUUGGGUGUGUGAUGAUCCUGUCGAUCGUCUUCUACUUCUACAACUUUGUAUUCCAUGACUUCUGCGGACAGACACCCACAGAGGUUCCCACCAUGCUCAAAACUUGGCUGCCUCCAGUCCAAAGUGGUCCAUGCACAUGUGCUCCUGGUUCAGUGAUGCUCAAAGAUCACAUCUCUAAAGAGAAAUAUGAUGAGGUGGUGCAACGCCGAUCCAAGGAGCUCCAACACCACAAGACCAGGACGAAGUCUGUCUUAACGAGACUGCUGCUUGCUUCACCUAACUCUCCCUUGCAGUAUCCCAUCCAGGGGUUUACAGUACGACCCCUGACCUCCACUCUUAUACCAGGUUUAGUGCUGCACACAGGAGCAAGAUCCAGCUACGAGGUGACUUUGAAUGUGUCCAAAGGUGUCCUCAGCACCAUGUCCACAGAAGGAGUUCAAGUUAAAGGAAAUGGUGAAACGACACUGACGGUACAGUCAAAUAACCUGCUGUUCCUCAACGCCCUGCUGUCAAAAGUGUCCUAUAAGAGCACAGACUAUCAUGUCAACACUGGAGAUCUGGUCAGCUUCCAGUUUGAGAACCACAAAGCUGUGUUUCCUGUUGUCAUCAAACAGCCUCAGCUGCCGGUCCUGUAUGACAUGGGAACAGACAUCAGCUCCUCCGUCACCAUCACCACUAAAACCUUCCUGCGCUACGAUCAGCUGCGAGUGUUGGUGAACAGCAUACGCACCUUCUACGCCAACAUCAGGAUCAUCAUUGCGGACGACAGCUUUGAACCGCAGAAGAUGACCGGAGAACACAUCCUGCACUACAUCAUGCCUCCAGCGCAGGGUUGGUUUGCAGGCAGAAACUUGGCUGUUUCCCAAGUGACAACCAAAUAUUUCCUGUGGGUGGAUGAUGACUUUGAGUUCACAAAGGACACAAAGAUAGAGCAGCUGGUGGAGGUGAUGGAGGCUGUCCCGGAACUCGAUGUGUUGGGUGGGGCAGUACAAGGAAACCAGUUCUAUUUUUCCAUUAUUUAUGAAAAGGGUGAUGAGAAAGAAGGAGGCUGUCUGUACAGGAAGUCCAGGGGAAAGUACCACCCUCUUCCUGGUUACCCACAAUGCACUGUGGUCAGCGGGGUGGUCAAUUUCUUUCUGGCUCGUACAGACGCUGUUCAGAGGGUGGGCUUCGACCCCAAACUCCAGAGGGUGGCACAUUCAGAGUUCUUCAUGGAUGGUCUGGGCUCCUUGACGGUUGCCUCCUGUAACCACGUGUCCAUCGGUCAUCAGUCGAAGCGUGACCAGCCUGGUGCCUACUCCAGAUACAGACAUCCUCCAAACAGUGACCAAGAGUUCAAGUAUCAGCAUCACUUCUUCAAGAACAACCUCAAGUGUAUCCUGUUUGGAUAACGGCCAACCAGAGGACUGAGGGCACCACACACAUGAUGAAGGGGGGGUUGGAAGGAGGGGCUUUGAAGGGAGGGGCUUGA